UUCAACGUUCAGGCCACGAAUAUCUAGUGAGAGUUUGUGUUCAACCGGCUAAUGACGCUUUUUGCAUUGAAAAAUAUUCAUUCAUGUGAGAAAAAAUUAUAGAUAAUUAAUUAAAAGAGAGAAUCAACGCCGAGAGCAUAGAUUUUCCUCAUCUGUUCUCGUUGGCUUCGAGUGAAAAGCUCGAGAUACUUGAAGUUUCCAUAAGAUAGUUUGCUUCUGAGGCAUACGGCGGUAACAACGUCCAUUUUACAAGGGAGGACAUAAUUGUCACAAUAGUUCACCUGCUCAACCAUCGCUCGUCAUGGCACGUAGUCGCAAGGACAGCGCUGGAAAAAGUGACUCGGAGGCCACUGACAAGGAAAACAAGAAAGAGAGAGUGAAGGAAAAGAAGAAACGCGCUGCUUCAUCAUCUACAAGUGGUUCUAGCUCAUCGGACAGCAGUUCAGCAUCGUCAAGUUCUUCUAGCGGUAGCAGUUCAAGAUCAAGUUCUUCUUCAAGCUCAUCAUCCAGCAGUUCUGGCAGUUCAUCUGGAAGCUCACGGGACAGAGGUCGUAAAAGAAGUCGUAGCAAGAGUGCAGAUGCUUCAAGAAAGCAUGAUAAUAAAGAGAAAGAAAGAGAAAAGGACAGGGAUAAAGAUAAGAAGAAAUCUGGUAAUGCAGUAGCUGAAAAGCCGAAGCCUAAGGCUCGUUCUAGGUCUCAUUCUCCUCGCCGAAAGCGGAGGGAACGUUCCCCGACCCCAAGACCAACAAAAAUUCAUAUUGGCAGACUAACUAGAAAUGUUACUAAAGAGCACAUUAUUGAAAUAUUUUCUACAUAUGGAGUCAUCAAGAUGGUAGAUUUCCCUCCAGAUAGAUUACAUCCCCAAAGUGGCAAAGGUUUUGCUUAUGUCGAAUUUGAAACCGCCGAUGAAGCCGAAAAUGCUAUGAAGCAUAUGGAUGGAGGUCAGAUAGAUGGACAGGAAAUCACUGCGGCGCCAGUCUUGCUUCCUAAGCCAAGACCGCUUCCGAUGCGUAGAAUGUCCCCUCCGAUGGGCAGACGACCACCGGUAAGAUGGGGCGGUGGAGGACGUAACUCUCCACCACGUUACCGCAGACGUUCUCCACCCGUGAAUCGACGUAGGAGUCCACUUCUACCACGCCGCCGACCAAGAACUCGCUCUCGAAGUCCACCAUCUAAUCCUCGUCAUCGUCAUCGUCGUUAUACAAGAUCCAGUUCGAGUAGCUCCCGAUAAUUUCCGAUAACUAAACUGUAAAAUUGACUAGAAUCUGCAUAAUUUUAAUGAUUUGUAAUUCUUAUGAAAUGUGGUGUUAUCAAAUGAUUAUGGAUACUUGAACCGCGGUAAAUAUUGUAAUUUCUCAAUGUACCUCACUAGCCAGUUUCGAUGGCUAGAUUCUCCGUCAAUUUUUAUAGCUUAAUCAAUUCAAAUAAAGAUGCACAUAUUACAUCAAAA